ACCACAUUCUCUUGUAAGACCACCAUCUCCCAAUCAUCCGCCCUCUCUAUGUGGACUAUGAAGCACAAAUCCACACACCCCUCGUCUCUAUCUCUAUCAACACUAGUGUCACCACAACCAUCACCGUAUCAAUUUAUUAUUAUUAACCCUGCCACUAUAAUCAUUACAAUCAUAAUUGAAACUAGAACUAGAACUAGGAUCACUCUACUAUCACCAUUAUCGAAAUCGAAACCAAAAUCAAAAUCAUUCCACCACCACGACUAACUAUUCCUAUUACAACUAGAACCAGAAUUCACUUUACUGCCACCAACACUACAACCGCCAACCAUAAUCACUUCAUCACCUGCAACAUUAUCGUCACCGCUACAACUAGAACUUGAAUCACUUUCACCACGACCACCAGCAACAACAACACAGCAAUCACUGCCACAACUAGAGCUAAAAUCACUUCACCACCAUCACCACCACAAUCGUCAUCGUCAAAACCAAAAAAAUAAUCACUUCUCUAACGACAUUCAUGGAUUCGAAACCUCUCACCAACGAAGGAUCAAAAACAGCAAAACAACCAGUCAACAAAACUAGUACAAAGGAGCAAGACAAGCGUGUCAUUACGGGUAAGCACCACCGUACAUAUCGGGGAGUUAGAUUGCGAACAUGGGGGAAAUGGGUGUCGGAAAUACGCGAACCAAGGAAGAAGUCCAGAAUAUGGCUCGGAACAUACCCAAAAGCUGAAAUGGCAGCUCGAGCACAUGAUGUAGCUGCACUAGCCAUUAGAGGCCAUUCAGUGACUCUCAACUUCCCGGAAUUGGCUCACAAACUUCCUCGCCCCGCCACCACUGCCCCUAAAGAUAUCCAAGCUGCAGCCGCCUUAGCAGCUUCCGGUGAAUUCGAUGAACCGGAAAAAAUGGACAGUGAAGAUCAGCCAAGCCAACAUGAUGAUGAUCAGAUCACAAUGUCUCAAGAAUUGGGAACAUGCCAAGAAAGUGAAGAUGGUGAUGAUGAUACCUUGUUUGACCUUCCUGAUCUGUUACUGGAUUCUAUGGAUAGGUCACUUGAGUUCUCUUAUGCUUCGUGGUUUGAGGUUGGUUUUCAAUUUGAGGAACCGUUUUUAUGGGAUUACAACUAGAGCAACAAUGCAUCUGCAUAUCUUAAUAUUUUAGUACUUUUUUCUUUUCUUUUUUUUAUUUCGUUUCGACUAGUCUUUGGCGUAAUAAUGUUACCAUAAUUAUACUUCUUUAUCAUAUUAGAGGAAUUUUAAUUCAGUGUAAUGUUUA